CUUGAAUUCAGCUACAAAGUUAAUCUACAUACGUAACUAUAUCUACCAGAGCCAAUCUACCUGACAAAAAUAAACACAUAGAGCCUGCCACUCACUAACCUCUAUCACUUCUUACAUGAAAAAACGUGUCACUCACUAACUUCUAUCACUUCUUACAUAAAAGUUACCACUCUAACACAGCAACCACUCUAACAAAGCAACACGCCAACAACAUCCAUUUAAUUAUAAAGACAAGAUUCACUUUCAAUACGUGCUACAUUCUUCCUUAGCUUUUCUUUUUCACACAUUUCAUCACUCUUCCAUCAAUUCUCCUUACUGCUAAUCACUACAAGCCAAUGGCCAACCACAUAACACCCAUAACUGAUUUAACCAUGGAAAAUAGAAACUGGACAGUCCGUGCGUUACUCGUAGAGAUGUCCGCUAUCAGAACAGCCAAGACCAGUGGAAAGCCCUACAGACGAUACGUCUUUGUUGACACACAGGGCACCAAACUCAUGACGUGUGCCUUUUCUGCGGACAUGGAAGCAUAUGAUCAUUGUUUAAAACUCUUUAAGACCUACGAGAUAUUUGCUAAACAAGGCAAAGAGUACAAGACGGAUCUACCAAACUUCAACUCUCAAAUCCAGCUCUAUCUCAACAAACACUGCAGCAUCGUCCCUGUUGAAUCUGAUCCCAUAUCUUCUCUAACUGGAAAGCCAUCUUUCAAAAAGCUCUCAUGCAUUGUUGAUUGCCUAGCAACAAAUGAGUACAUCGAUGUGGUCGGUGUACUGAUAGAUGUUGCAGAACAAAAGCAAAGAAACAAACGUCAACAACCGACCUCUUCCAACAUUAUAGGAGAUCGUGUUCAAGAGAUUGUAAUCGUAACUGAGGAAUGCUACCGACAAGACUGACCUUAUGGAAUGAAUUGGUGGACGCUGAAGGAAAAUACUUCACAUCCAUUGUGAAGGAAAGACCUAUCAUUGCGGCCCUCCACCUGAAAGCAACACUAUAUGCAGGAAUUUCGUUGUCUGCAAUUUCCAUGGCAAAUUUUAUUGUUGAUCCUCCAUAUCCUGAAGCUGACAAUCUAUUGAGCUGGAAACUCAAUAAUAAGCAAGGUGAGUACAAAAUCAAGGGAUGUUUGUCAAUCAAAGUGGAUAAGAAAGUGCAACUCCACUACAACGCCUGCGAUAAGUGUUACACAUCAACUCCAGCACCAACAGCACGGCAGUUUUUUUGUUUAAGGUGCAAAUCUGUCCAAUCGUCAGAGCAAAAGUCAAUUCUGCGCUUACAGAUUGUUGAUCAGACAGGAUCAAUUACCUGCGUUGCUUAUGACAAUAUAGCGCAACAAAUUCUGAACUUUGACAUACCAGAGUCAAAUGAACUAGGACAACAGGAAAUCAUUUCACUAUGCAAUCUGCGCAAUCAAGAACUUGAAAACCAAUCAUACCUCUUUCACAUAAAGAAAAAGGCCGCCGCACCAUCCCAAACAGAAACACAUACUUACACACUUAUGUCUGCUUCCAAAGAAAACAAAGAUAAGGAAAUUGAUGCCGAAGAAACAUUGUCAAAUAACUACCCUAUUGUACCCAAACACACUGGGAUAACACCUGAAAUGCAGGAGAAGGCAACCUGCACAACUGCUACCUUAGAAUCAUCUGUUCCUGGUAAAUAUGCAAAGAACUUGCUUCCACUGUUCAAUGAGUUGGAAUCUAUCAAUGAUCAGAAAUCAAAGGAUCAAGCAUCAACGGUCAAGAAUUCUGUCGCUCCACCGAAAGAAUCCAAAAAAUAGUUGUCAAGCUUUUC